AUUCGACCCGGACAGACUGGUCAUCUCUUGUCCAUACUAGGAGAGGCCAACAGACAAGCAAGCCUCCUCAACAUUUAUCCAACAACCAUCAUAUUUGUUUGGACAUUUCACAGGGAAAGAGUAAAACAACUCGAAAUCACUUCGACUAAGUCUAAACCCAUAUCUAUACCUACAAAAUCCAAAAAAUGUCAUCCACAACAACAGGUGUGGACAUCGACCUCGACCUCCUCCGGGACCAUUUGGUUUCCAUCGCACUCAGAGCGGGACGCAUGAUCACGGAUGCCCGGCCGAGCACCAGCUCCAGCAACACCAAAAAGAACAGCGCCGACCUGGUCACCGAGACCGACCAGGCCGUCGAGGCCUUCAUCUCGUCCGAGCUGCGCACCCUGUACCCGGGGUUCUCCUUCAUGGGAGAAGAGACGUACCAACCCGGUCAGAAACUUGGGCCGGAACCGACGUUCGUCGUCGACCCGAUCGACGGCACCACCAACUUUGUACACCGGUUUCCUUAUGUUUCCGUGUCGUUGGGGUUCGCGAUCGACAGGACCCCCAGCGUGGGUGUCGUGUAUAACCCAUUCACCGGCCGAUUGUACACUGGCGUCAAGGGCAAAGGGAGUUUUGUGUUUGACGUUCCUGCCGGUCACCCCCAAGAACGACGACAGCCCCCGAGUCGCGACCAAGGUACGAAACUGCCCACGAAAGAACUCACCGCCCUGGGUGGCCUCGACGAGUGUGUCGUGGCCAUCGAGUUCGGGAGCGACCGGUCGGGACGGAAUUGGAAGACCAAGACCGACACGUGGGCUCGCCUGGGCCGGAGCAAGGAGGACGGGGGCGCCAUGGUGCACAGCGCCCGGGCGUUGGGGAGCGCGGCCUUGAACCUCUGCGGCGUCGCCGAGGGGGUGCUGGACGCGUACUGGGAGGGCGGAUGUUGGGCGUGGGACGUCUGCGCUGGGUGGGUGAUCCUGACCGAGGCGGGAGGUGUCAUCGUCGACGGGAACCCGAGUGGACGGUUCGACAUCCCCGUCACCCACCGAAAGUAUCUCGCCGUAAAAGGGGCCAAGGACGGGGAGGGCCAAAAGGAGUUGGUCAAGGAAUUUUGGAGCCAUAUCGAAGGUGAGAUGGUGUACGAGCACUGAACCAGAACCGCCAUCCCCUCCACGUUGGGGUCACAGAGUAUCACAUGGGUUGGGCACCGCCCUGGGUUGGAUCUGAUACAGACUUGGAAAAUUGGAACGAGAAAAUCAAGUGGGAGUGAGACAGCAUAGCAUUGCCUGGCAGUACCACAGCGAUACAGGAAGAAAAUAGAGCCAUAGAAAUCAAC